AUGUCGAAAAAGAAAAGUCUCGAAAAGCAGAAGCUGAUCGAGGAACUGCACGCUCCCGCGAGAAGAAAUUUUCCACGAAGACGCGUCAUAGUUUGCGGAUACGAUGACCUGUGGCAGGCGGAUGUGGUUGAGAUGCGUCCUUAUACACGAUUCAACAGAGGUUACCACUACAUUCUCACCGUUAUCGAUGUGCUGAGUGAUAGGCUCAAAAAUGGUCUGUAUCAAGUAAAAUUAAAAACAGAACAGAAUGAAAAUUCUUUUCUUUCUGAAGAAACUACUGAUCUUACGGAAGAUACAUGUGAUGAUGCACAAUUGUGGCAUAGAAGAUUGGGACAUACAGGAUAUAAAAGUAUGAAAACUCUCAUGAAGAUUAGCAGCGGUAUAGAUAUACCUGUAUCGCAAAUAAAUAAAAUGGAUAAAGUAUGCAAAAUUUGCAUGGAAGCAAAGCAAACAAGAUCAAAGUUUGACACUACAAGAGUGAAAGCAAAGAAGCCGCUAGAGCUGAUUCAUACGGAUUUAUGUGGCCCAAUAGAUCCCGAUUGGGAUGGACAUAAAUAUUUUAUUACUCUGUUGGAUGAUUAUACGCAUUUCACUAUUGUGUAUUUGCUUAAAACGAAAAAUGAAGCAAUUGAUAAAAUUAAAGAAUAUGUAAACAAGGUGGAAGCUAAACGGAAUGCAAAAGUUGCAAAGUUAAGAUGCGACAAUGGAAGAGAGUUCAUUAAUAAUGUAAUGACUUUGUGGUGUAAAAGUAAAGGAAUAGAAAUGGAUACAACUGUGCCUCAUACACCACAGCUGAACGGAAAAGCAGAACGUCUUAAUAGAACUUUAAUGGAUAAAGAAGCAGUAACGGAUGAAGAUAGUGAAAGAUGGACAGAAGUAAUAAAUGAGGAAAAAAACUCAUUUAAAGAAAAUAAAGUUUGGGAAGUGUUGGAUGAAAUUCAGCUUAAAGGAGAAAAACCACUACACAGCAAAUGGCUUACGUCUGACAUAGGUAGUGAAAUAGAAGAAAAUCAACUAUCUUUAAAACGAAAAAAAAAAUGCCCAAGACGGCAUCAAAGUAGUAGUGAAGAAGAAGAGGAAAAUAAUAAUUGUCUACAAACGAAGAAGUCGUCAUCAGCAAUUCUAUCACGCCCUCCGCCUGUGCAAUCUCAAAUUCUUCCACGUCAUCCGUCUAUGCAAUCUCAAAUUCUAUCACAUCAUCCGCCUAUGCAAUCUCCGGUACAGCGAAAUGUGUUUGAUAGUGGAGAAUCCUUAGGGCGUAAUCUUUUUGGGGAAGCGGAGAAUAACUGUGACGAUACAACAGAAGCAAGAAGCACAUCUACUCCCCGAAGAUUACUGUCUGAGCUUAAUCAUCGUGACAACUAUGAUAAUAGAACAGGAAUACCUUCAAGAUCACAUUCUGAGUCUCGCUAUCAUGACAAUUCUUGUUUUGAAACUGAAGACGUAUUGACUAAUGAAACCUCAAGUACCAACUACAGAACUCUAUUAAAAUUAAUCACAUACGUCAAACGACAAAAUGAUCAAAUUUUAAAACAAAAUGAAGAAAUUAUCAAAUCUUUAAAAAAUAAAGCAGUUCUUGAAUCUGCUAUCCAUGAGCUCCCAGAAUUGCCUGUUAGUCUACCGAUUAAAAGUUUAGAAGAUGUUAUUAGAAUUGAGGAACAUCUAAUAAAUGAUGAUAAUCUUUCUACUUUGAGCUUAUAUUUGUCUACUCUGGGAGGACGUGACCUAACGACUAAAACCAAUACUAUUCUUCGCAAUAUCUUGUCGAACGAAGUCGCUAUAAAAUAUAGUUUUUUGGGUACAAGAAAUGAGAAGAAAUCAUUUUCGGCAUCGCGGUUACACAGAUUGAUAAUACGUGCAGUGCAAUUUUCAUCACCAAACACUCCUGAAAGUAACAUCAACGAUAUCAAGAUAUGGUUAAAGCAUUCUCCCCAACGUUUGGCUCUAGAAAGAAAAAGAAAUGCUAGAUAAAAGUUUAAUAGCGAAAUCCUAAA